AUGCUAACUCACACAGGAGAGAAACCCUUUAACUGCGGGAAAAGCUUCAGAUACUGGUCAACCCUUUUCAAGCAUCAGAGAAUCCACACAGGAGAGAAGCCCUAUAACUGCCCUGACUGCGGGAAAAGCUUUGCUCAGCACUCAGCCCUUAAUAAACAUCAGCGACUCCACGAAGGGGGGAGACCCUACAAAUGCAAUGAGUGUGGGAAAAACAUCAGCUGGAAACAUCUCCAAUCACAUCAGAGAAUCCACACAGGAGAGAAGCCCUAUAAGUGUGCUGAGUGUGGGGAAAGCUUCAGGAACAGUUCAAUCCUUAUUCUCCAUCACAGAACCCACACGAGAGAGAGACCCUAUGAAUGUAGUGAGUGCAGGAAAAGCUUCCGUCAGAAGAACGCCCUUCUAUCACAUCAGAGAACCCACACAGGAGAGAGACCAUAUGAAUGUCUUGAGUGCGAAAAAAGCUUUAGGAACAAGGCACACCUUAUUAGACGUCAGAGAACCCACACAACAGAGCGACCCUAUGAAUGUAGUCAGUGCAGGAAAAGCUUCCGUCAGAAGAACGCCCUUCUAUCACAUCAGAGAACCCACACAACAGAGCAACCCUAUGAAUGCCUGGAGUGCGGGAAAAGCUUCCAUGAGAAUUCACAAUUUCUAUCACAUCAGAGAAUCCACACAGGAGAGAAACCCUGUAUCUGCCCUGACUGUGGGAAGAGCUUCUGUCAGAACUCACACCUUCUAUUACAUCAGAGAAUCCAUGCAGGAGAGAGACUUUUUAACAGCUCUGACUGUGGGAAAAGCUUUGCUCAGUGCUCACCUGUUUUUGAACAUCAGGGACUCCACAUGGGAGAGAAACCCUACAAAUGCAGUGAGAGUGGGAAAAGCUUCACUCGGAAUUUCUAUGAGAGAGCAGCUCUUAUUCAACAUCAGAGAAUCCACAUGGGGGAGAGAUGCUAUGAAUGCAGUGAGUGUGGGAAAAGCUUCACGCGGAAGUAUACCCUUCUCUUACAUCAGAGAACCCACACGGGAGAGAGACCCUAG